GUUUCUUUCGUUUGGGAGUUGAGGCACCGCUUUGUCCGCCGCUUUGGCCAGAUCAGAUGGAACCGGAAAACCGGGAGUCACCGAAACUAUAAAAGGCAACUAUCCCAUAGAAACCGGAAGCAAAUAUUAAAGAUUGGAUUGUUGACCGGAAUAGAGCCGGUAACCAAAGAUUGUACAGACGAAAAUAAAGGGAGGGCCAAAACCAACCAGCAUGCAUCUACCGCACCAAACGGCAGUGUACAGUAAAAAGGAAUUACGUGGCUAAGCAUGAUUGGAGGAAUUAGUGGAGGGAACAGUGCCCAAAUCUUUCUCCUUCCAGCAAAUGGGUUUAGCUUUUAUAUAGGUUAUAAUAAUAAGCUAAUUUUUUCACCGGAUAAUCUAAAAGUUUCUCGGUGUGGUCCUGCUAAGCACGUAGCACACGUGGCUCAUAUACCAAGAUAGGAUGCUAGGUAUGGAGUAGAAAAAUACUCCUUCGUCCAGUUAUGAAUGGAGUUCAUUGCACAAACAAAACGUCCAUCCACUACUUAUUUUACAUCGUGAAUAUUUAAUAUAACACCGGUGGGUAAAACGACGAAUAAGAUUAUGUUGAAUCCUUAGUCUAGUUAAAUUUAAUUUCCAGAUGAAUCUUUUGAAAUCUUCAAUCCCAUGCAAAGCAAAACAAUCACCAAAGACUGACGUAUUACAUGAUUUUUUUAAUGCUCUUAACGCGGGGCUUUGAUCUGAUAAGCUAAAACUUGUAUCGGAUAAGCUAAAGUUUCUCAGGUGUGGUGGUGGUAAGCACGUAGCGCACGUGUCUCAUAUACCAACAUACAUAGGAAUGAUAGAAAAAUACAUCACGAUUUGGCACAAACAAUACAUCAUCAUUAGUUCUUUUAAAAAAAUUGGGUGUGUACUACUUAGGGAGUGUUCGGUUCGAAGUUUUCGGAGUUUUCAGCCUGUUAUCCCAUACCAUCUCGGCACCUUAAUCGUGUCUGUUUCGGAUGGGCCGUAAUCAGAUACUGCAUAAUCAAUUUCCACAGCUAAUGUUCGUUGAUACCGCCCACCCCCUAGCGAAAUCAAAUUUCGUUAUCGGUUGGCUUGCUUCGUCAAUCAAGUUUUGGUGCUCGCCCCUAGACCCGCCACUGAGUCAAACUACAACAAACACAUAUAGAAUCUACCAGAAUAAUUGAAGGCAAACAUGUGUCCACCGAAAUAAGUAGAAAACAUCUCCAACAUUUUUUUUUUUUUUGCAUUGGACACCUAAAAGUUGGAUCAUGACGUGCGUUCACUUGCCGGAUUAUUGGUGUUAGAAAGAAAGUCGUAGUAGCUCUGAUCCAAAUUAGUUAUCGCAUGUUCAAUGAACUUAGAUAGAUUUCUGACAAAAAAAAUUUCUAAAUCUGCGACAAUUCAUUUGACUCGGAUGGAGUAAGAUUUUCUAUAGAAAGUUAAGCUCCUUUUUUUUUAGAAGGAGAAAGUUUGAGCUCUUAAUCAGCCCGCAAGCUACUAGACUACAGCCCAAGGCCCUCUUAUCCUUUUGACGAAGGCCCAUUCAUCAUUACAUUUCGCGAUAGUUCGUCGGUGAACGUGAUAGAUUUCCUCCGGCUAUUCCUCCGGCCACCGUCGCCGGAUUCUCCAUCGAAGACCCUAACCCAGGGACACCGCCGAUGCCCGCUGAAUCCGCAUCUCGCGGCGACCUUCUAGAGCCGCACGACGCGUCCUCCAUGGAAGGAACCAGCAGCGGGGAGGAUGAGGCGGAGGCGGAGGACGACUCCGCCCCGUACAUUGGGCAGCGGUUUCCGACCCACGACGCGGCGUACGAGUUCUACGGCGGGUUCGCGAAGCGGCGCGGGUUCUCGAUCCGGCGCCACCGGACGGAGGGCAAGGACGGCGUGGGAAAGGGGCUCACCCGGCGGUACUUCGUGUGCCACCGCGCCGGGAACGCGCCGGCGAAGCCCUUCGGCGACGGCGCCACGCCGCAGCGGAACAGGAGGUCCUCCCGCUGCGGGUGCCGAGCGCUCCUACGCAUCGGCAGGGACGCCGGCGCGGCGGGUCUGGAGUGGCGGGUCACGGGGUUCUCCGACCACCACAACCACGAGCUCCUCCGGCAGGACCAGGCGCGGGCUCUCCCGCCGGCGUGCCGCGUCAUCGCGGGCUCGGACAGAGACCGGAUCUUAAUGCUUGCGAAGUCUGGGAUCUCUGUGCAGCAGAUGGUGAGGAUACUGGAGCUGGAGAAGUGCGUUGAGCCGGGGAGCCUCCCGUUCGCCGAGAAGGAUGUGAGGAACCUCAUUCAUUCCUUCAGGAGGUUCGACCAGGAGGAAGAGAAUGCGGACCUGCUUAAAAUGUGCAGAAUUUUCAAGGAGAAGGAUCCCAAUUUCAAGUAUGACUUCACCAGAGACGCGCACAACCGCCUUGAGAAUAUCGCCUGGUCGUAUGCAUCGUCGAUUCAGUCUUACGAGUUAUUUGGUGAUGCUCUUGUGUAUGACACCUCUCAUCGGUUAACUGCGGUGGACAUGGCACUAGGUAUUUGGAUUGGAAUGAACAACCAUGGCAUGCCGUGCUUCUUCGGCGGCGCCCUUCUAAGGGAGGAGAAUCUGCAAUCCUUCACUUGGGCAUUACAGGUGUUUCUCAACUUCAUGAACAGAAAAGCCCCUCGGACAAUAUUGACUGAUCAAAAUGUAUAUCUCAAAGAAGCAGUUGAAAAGGAGCUGCCAAACACAAAGCAUGCGUUCUCCAUCUGGCUUAUUGCAGCCCGGUUUCCAUCUUGGUUCAGUGGGGUUCUUGGGGAACACUACAAUGACUGGGAAAAGGAGUUCUAUAGGCUGUACAACAUGGAAAGCACAAUAGACUUUGAUCUUGGGUGGAGUGGCAUGGUGGACUGCUAUGGACUACAUGGAAAUAGGGAUAUUUCUAGUCUGUUUGCAUCACGGAGUAGCUGGGCAUCGCCAUAUUUGAGAGGGCAUUUUUCGGCAGGGCUGACUGAUUCUCCAGGAGUAUCAAAGUCAAUAAAUGAUUUCAUUCAGCGGCUCUUGAGUGCUCAAAGAUACCCAUCCCGUUUUAUUGAGCAGGUUGCGCUAGUAGUUGACUACAAAGACCAAGCUGGGGAGCAACAAAAUUUGCAGAACAUAAGCUUCAAGACAGCAACUCCAAUGGAAGGCCAUGCCGCGGCUAUUCUCACACCAUAUGCAUUCUCUAAUCUACAGGAUGAGCUUGUUGCGUCUGCCCAUUACGCAUCCUUCAACUUGGAAGGGGAUGUUUUUCUUGUCCGGCACCAUACCAAGACAGAAGGCGGGUGCAUAGUCACAUGGAACCAAAUGGAGGAGCUAAUUUCUUGCAGCUGCCAAAUGUUUGAGUCAUCAGGGAUCCUCUGCAGGCAUACCCUGCGCGUCCUCACAACGCUAAACUACUUACAGAUCCCAGACCAUUACCUUCCUGUCCGAUGGCACAGAAACUUGCCGCCACCUUCCAAGUCCUUGAAUGGCGCUCCUAAUCAUGGCGGAGCAUCAGAGAGGGUGAAAGCACUUCAAUGUACUGUCUCAGCUCUGGUUAGCGAAGCAGCUAAAUCGGACGAACGGAUGGAUCUUGCGACACACGAGGUUUCAGUCCUCUUGUCCCGGAUUAGGCAGCAACCUGUUUCGGUGAAUGUAUCAGGUGACAGUGCUCACUCUUCACUGGCAGCAGUGGCUAAGCAUUUCAUUUCUUCAGAGAAUGUAAACAUUAGCAAGUAGAAAGCUACAAGCAUACAAUACGAGUUUAAGCGGCUUUAUUUCCGGAGUAUAUCCUUGGCAUUCCAAGGGCAACCGUUCUGAAA